AGUCUUCAGUAAUCAAUUAUUGACUUGUUACCGCUGAGUAAUGGAUAAAAUUCUUGGAGUUUUCGGUUCUAUACCGAACCUUAAGAAUCAUCACGAUGAUGAUUCUACAGAUAGACUUUUUCAUAAGUAUACAACAACAAUGCUGGCUGCUUUUGCAGUUGUUGUGUCAACUUCACAAUUUGUUGGCGAUCCUAUACAUUGUUGGGUACCCGCUCAUUUUUCAGACGGUUGGUUGGAAUAUACCAAUAGCUAUUGCUGGAUAAUGAAUACAUACCACGUUGAGUUUGAUAAAAGUCUUCCUGCAAAGCAAAAAACAGAAGUCGCUUAUUACCAAUGGGUUCCAAUCAUAUUCAUGCUAUCAGCUUUAAUGUUUUACUUACCCGUUAUAGUAUGGAGAAUGAUGAAUGUCAAAUCUGGUAUAGAUAUUAAGUCUUUGGUUCAAGAAAGCGAUACUAAAUUGCAAACAGAACAAAUGGAGAGAUAUCUUAUGGCGCAAGAUAAAAUAUCUUCAGGAGAGCGUACGAUUUCAUGUAAUACCUUUUUCUCGUUUGCACUGUGUUGUUGUUGUAACAAAAAGAGCAAAAACUUCUUAGUUGUUUUGUAUAUGGCUAUUAAAAUUAUGUACUUUCUUGACGCCUUUGCUCAAAUGUUUUUAAUGAAUCUUUUCAUGGGAUAUUCUUUCAAUUUAUACGGAUUUCAAGUUUUAAGAGAAUUAUCAAGCGGAAAUGAGCCAGAAUCUGAGAGAUUUCCAAAAGUUACCCUGUGCGAUUUAAAAAUAAGAAGAUUAGGAAAUGUUCACCCUUAUACUGUUCAAUGCGUCCUCUCAAUCAAUUUGUUUAAUGAAAAAAUGUUCAUCUUUUUGUGGUUUUGGAUUGUACUUCUCUUGGUUAUGCAAGCAAUUUCAAUUAUAAAAUGGAUGGUCAAAUUUAUUAGCAGUCCAUACGACUACAUCAAUAAACAUAUCAAAGCAGAAGAUGAUAACGAAAUACGCGAGUUUUUGCAGUAUUUAGGCAGAGAUGGAGUUUUUGUUCUCAGAAUGAUUGGAGCAAAUACUAGUCCUCUAGCUUUACACGAACUUAUCAAAUCAAUGUGGAAGACAUGGCAAGAGAAAUACCAGAAAAUUGAAAAUCAGAAGUCGGGUUAUUAAAAAAGUAAAAAGAUUAUUCUUUAAAAGAAUUAAAAGAAGAAAAAAAUUGAUUUUAUGAUAGCAAAAAUACAAAAAAUAUAAAAUCGAAUGAUAAGGAAAGAGUUAUAAAAAGAAAGGACGAAAGUAUAAACUUAAUAUUAUUUAAAAGACCUAAGGUGACUUACUUUUAUUUAUACUUUCUUAGACAUUUGUUUCGACAUUCAACUUUUGGAGUUUUUUGUGUUUUUCAACCAUAAUAUCAAAUAGGUUUAUAUAAAUUAAUAUUUAUUAUUAGAUAAGAAUCUAAUAAUAAUUGUUAUAAAUAUAUAGUAUAUUCUUG